AUGAGCUAUGCUUACCCUCCCAAGCUGAAAAAAAAUUAUGGCAAGAAAAUAAAAAAGAAAUUAAAUGGUGGCAGACAUGUCCAAGAAAUAUUGCUGGGAUUUGAUCCCUUUAUGAAUCUUGUGAUAGAUGCAUUGUGGAAAUGGCAAUCAGUGGAACAGAACAAUAUUGAAAUGAUGGCAACACAAGGAAAUAGUAUUGUUGUGUUAGAAGGCUUGGAACAAGUAUAA